UCCCACUUUUUCCCCACUUUCUUCUUCUCCAUUUUCGUCUACCCCUGCAAAUCCACCCAUCCCGAGCUUCGUUCUUGCUACACGGACUAGCAAAACCUUCAGAUUCCAUACUUUAGAAAUUGUAGCAUUGUGGGCUGGCAACCUGUACUACGCGCUUUCCAGAGAGAGAGAGAGCGACAGAGAGACAGGAGGGGAAGAAGAAAGCUUUUGACAAAAAGCUGUGUUUCGGGGGGAAACUGGGCGAGCCCAACGCUACAAAGGAAAAUUUAAAGGUUGAGGUAAAGAAGCUGGAGUUUUCCGUGCAAGCGUCUUCUUAUUAUAUUGGCAGGGGGACCCUUUUGAGCACUUCACUACCCCUUUGCAUAGGCACUUCACUACCCCUUUGCAUAGGGUAAGCUGCCUCAUAUACCUUGGGGUCAACCAUGUUAAAAUCUCAAUAUGUCCACAUUGCAGCCAUGAUGUGCAUGGCAUAAACACAAGAAACUGUUCACCACUACCUUCAUCAGUCCACAACGAUCUGCAUGACAACCCCGAUGGACAAAAGCUGGAUGAAUUUGACCGAUAGACUUCUAUCACCUGCAUACGCCGAGGGGGUUAACAACUUUCUCACCUUGGCACGAAACCAUUCCCGGGGAAGUGAUCGCAUUCGGUGUCCAUGCCGUACAUGCUGUAAUAAUCUCUUCUUGCCUAUAUUUGAUGUGGAGACUCACUUGUUCAUUAAAGGGAUCAAUCCAAAUUACACCCAAUGGAUAUUUCAUGGGGAGGAGGAAACACGAAGUUUCAAUGACGACGAUGAUGAUAGUGUUGUUGAUUAUGCCGACGAGUAUAUUGAUGACAUGGACCAUAUGUCAGAUGAUAUUCGGGCAGGCACAUUCGUUGAUGUUCCCCAAGAUCAUAGCAAUCCAUUGCCAACUGGUCAAUCAAUACCAGAUCCCUCCCUAAGUUCGUCUUUCGACCAGCUAUUAGAGGAUGCCUGAUGUCCACAUUUUGCCAGUUGUACAAAAUUCUCAAAAUUGUCACCUGUUAAAGAACCCGAACCUAAUGGAGAAGAUAUCGCCGCGAACGCCCCCAUGGUGCCUGCAGUAAACCAGGAACAGAGGAAACAUGGACGUGGGCCCGCUAAGUGCACUGAGUUCUUGAAGUUGAGGAAGCAUGGAAAAGUGCAUUUGAAGAUUAAUGACGGCAAAACAGCACCAUGCUGUGAGAACGCAUCCAUGUUUACGACACGGGUAACAUGGAUAGUGAAACAUCACUGCGAAAUGAGUUAUGCGAAAUGGACCGAUGUGCCGCAGGCACAAAAGGAUGAGUUGAUCGACUGUGUUCGAGGUGACUUCGUGCUGGAUUGGGAGCUGGAGAAUCAUAGAUUGACAGUCUUGAAACAGCUACGUAAGCGGUUUAACGCAUUCCAUCAUGAAUUACACAAAAAAUAUUUAUCAUAUGGAAGUCACGAAGAAGCCUUGGCUUUUGGGACUAGCAUGGUCGACUCCCUUGUCUGGAUUAAGUUGUGUGAGAGGUGGGGAAGCGACGCCUUCAAGAAAAUCUCAAGUCAAAAUCGGGAGAAUCGAAAGAGGCUAAACAUUAACCACACAGUAGGCCGUAAAUCCUUUGUGAGGAUACUGGAGGAGAAGCGGGCUACAAAGAUGAACUUGGUGGAGUUCUAUAAGGAGACUCGCUGGUCUAAGAAGAACGGUAAAUUUGUCACAUCAGCCACUGAAGACACUUAUAAGAAGAUGGUUGGAAAGUUGGAUGAUCUAGAGCCUGAGAAAUGCACCGAUGACGCAGCAGCGAGUGUCUUUAGGGAGGUACUUGGUCAUAGACCAGGAUAUGCAAGGGGGCUAGGAGAGAUGGUCAUCCCGGAGUCGACAAGACAACGUGACCGUGAACGAGAAAAAGAGUACCUAGCUUCAGUUGAAGAACACAAGAAAGAUGCCGACCAUUACAAGACUCAGCUUGAUGAAAUGAGGGGAGAAAUGCGAGUACUUCUGGAGAGGCAAAAUGAAAUUGACAAAAAGUUGCGGAGUUUCUUCGCGAAUUUCCCGUCUCACGGAGAGUCUCUUGGAGAGACUCAGUGAGCUGGUUACCUUCAGAAAUUAUGGGAAGGGUUUUUUUGUGUAUUUUGGGUCAUUUUUGGUAUUGGGAGAUGGUGGGUGGCCAAUAUAUAUACAUACAUACAUAUAUAUAUAUUUAUAUAUAUGAAGGGGAAGGUUAAAUACUUUUGUCUUGUGGGAGACUUUGGGCAGUUGAGGGAUUUUUGGUCUUUUGAUACAUCCUUAUAUAGGCACCUAUGACUGAUUAAUCUUCUUGGUUUGGGUUAUUUAGAGUCCAGUCCCUUUUACUACAAAUGGAGGGCAACUUUUGUUGUGACGUAAUUAAGGAGGAUAAAAGGGAGGGCAGAUGAUCCGCAAAUGGGGUGGAUGGGAUUGGUCGCCUUACGUCCCUGCAUGGAACAUUUGGAUUGCAUGACUCAUGUUGGUAAUUAAUUGGUCUCGUCUUUUGCUUGUAAUUGAGCGAUGCAACUUUGGCUCAAGGAUUCUCCGUGGGCUGGAUGAACAGAUUCAAACCGUUAAAAUGCAUCGCAACAAGUGGGUGGAGAAUGCUGAUCGGUGGGUUGCUGGAUUUCUUGAGAUGUUUGAAGAACAUUGCCAUAAAAUGAUUGAUGUUUGCAUGCCAAUUUCAUAAUCAAAAUAUCCCACCUGUAUGAGGACAUGGUUGCAGUGAUGUUGAAGAUGUUCCACCCACCCCUGCCAGAAAGCAUAUUAUUACUGCUGCCUACCAUCUGUCCAUGUAAAUAGAGGAGCACUUAUUCGAGUGAAUGAAUGUAUGUUACUGUUAGUCUAUGAAUAUGAACACGUACAAGCGGAUAUUAUAUAUAAUAUACAGUCUUCGAAAUUUCCACUUUAUA